GGUACCAUUUAUGGAAUUGUUCACUGUGAAGGUCAUAGAACAAAUUCUUACCAGCAGCAGCCGCCGACCAAGCCGGCCUUGUCACAGUAGAGUAGAGUAGCUGCCAUGGAAAAGCAGUGACCGAGUAGAAAGAAGAACUAAGUAAGUUACAAGUACUGUUAGUUUGUGCGUAUAAUUUCCUUCUGCCGACGCCCAAGACAAAGAUAUAAGACAAGUGCAGAAUUUCUGUUCGUUAAGUGGGUAUUGUAGUCUAUAACGAGAGACAAAAGAGAGAAGGAAGGAAGAAAAAGAAUUGAUGAGGGCCGGAGGUUGCACGGUGCAGCAGACUCUGACGGCGGAGGCCGCCAGUGUGGUGGAACAUGCCGUGGCUCUGGCCCGGCAAAGAGGCCAUGCACAGGUAACGCCCUUGCAUGUAGCCGCCACUCUGCUUUCCCCCGGAAGUUCGAACAUUCUCCGCAGAGCAUGCCUUAAGUCUCAUGCCCAUUCUUCAUCUCAUCCUCUGCAAUGCAGGGCACUGGAACUUUGCUUUAAGGUCGCUCUCAACCGCCUUCCCACCACUGCUGGGCCUCUGGUUCAUGCUGGGCAGCCUCCUCUUUCUAAUUCGCUUGUGGCUGUUCUGAAACGUGCUCAGGCUCAGCAGCGGCGGGGAUGUUUGGAGCAGCAGCAGCAGCCUUUGUUGGCCAUGAAGGUGGAGAUUGAGCAGCUUGUUAUUUCUAUUCUUGAUGACCCUUCUGUUAGCCGGGUCAUGCGAGAGGCGGGUUUUUCCAGUACUUCUGUGAAGAGUAACAUUGAGGAAGAAGUUUCUGUCCCUGUGAAUUUCCCUUGUUUUUCCAUGGAUCAUAGUAAUAGUACAAAUGAGGUGGUGCCUGUGUCUAGAUCUGUGGCUAGGAGUCUGAUCCCCGGGGGGUUUGAAACCGGGUGUAAUAUGGUUUACAGUAGUGGUGGGAGUAGUAAUCGUGGUUCGAGGAUCAAUUUGUUUGAAAAUCCCAUGUUUGGGGGUUACAGAUUGAAAAACGAGGACGUAGAGAGUGUUUUAGAGGUUCUGGUGGGGAAGAAAUGUAGGAGGAUGAAUAGUGUAAUUGUAGGAGAUUGCUCUGUGACGACGGAGAAUGUAGUUAGGGAGGUUGUGAGUCGGAUAGAGAGAGGAGAUGUUCCUGAUCUGCUCAAAGGCGUGCAGGUUUUGGAUCCUCAGUUCUCUUCUCUUGUUCAGAAUGGGUUGAGAAGGGAAGAGAUUGAGGAGAAGCUCGGGGAGCUGAGAGGAACAGUCAGUAACUGCCUUGUAGGAGGUUCGGCUAUUAUUUUUGCUGGGGAUCUUAGAUGGGCAGUUGAGGUUCAUGAGGAUGGUGAUAACAAUAACAGUAGUUACUAUAAUCAUAAUAGAAAUAGUAGUAAUAGUUUUUCUUGUGUUCAGUAUAUGACUAUGGAGUUGGGAAGGAUACUGAGGAUUCGUGAGGAGGGCCGAAGAGUGUGGUUACUGGCUACUGCAAGUUACCAGACGUAUAUGACAUGCCUCACUGGGCAACCGUCUCUGGAAAAUCUUUGGGGGCUUCAGGCAGUUUCAGUUCCCAGCGGUGGCCUUGACUUGAGCCUUCAACCCUGUUUGACUAGCAAAGGCGAGCCCAAAACCAGUGGCGUAAGUACCGAGGCAUUCGUCCCGAUUCCAGAAAAUCACUUGCGCCAAAUGCCAUUCUUGAAAAUGAUCAACUCCGAUGAAGAUGUGGUGGAGAAACUCAACUGCUGUUAUCAGUGCUCCGCAAACUUCGAAGAAGAAGCAAAACUUUUGUGCAGAACAGAGCAAAGUUUGCCGUUAAGUGACCCAAACUUACCUCUCUGGCUUCAGAAAUGCAGGACUCGUAACGUGUUGUCAGAACCAGAUGCAGCAGCCCAGCAGGAGGAAGCCAAGUUGAGGGAACUGCGCAAGAAAUGGAAUCAAGCAUGUGAGAGAAUGCAUUGCAAUUACUAUAAUCCGAUACAUCUGCAACAAUCCGCGUUGGAAGUGCCACAACAUCCUGCAAGCAUGGUGUCUUCAGUAAAUCAUCAUUCUCCCUGGUGGGGUUCAACUCAAAGCAAUGCGAGUGGAGUUAGUGCAUCAAGAAACAAGGAGUCCUCAUCUGUGCUACAAAGCACAACGACAUUUCAAGAUUGGGUAGACAGUCCGCUGUCACGGCAAACGGCGGAGAAGGCUGGGGAUUCGAGCGCAGGGCAUCCUGCCGCCGCAAAAGAUUCAUCGAGAGUCGAUGUAGAAACCACGCUAACUCUAGGAUUAAGCGACAGUAUUGUGAAAGGCAACGACGACGAGGCAAACAAAUGCACUGCUUCCAGCCAUGUGGCUCCACUCUCCUUCUCACGCCCUCUGCAGUUUGAGAUGAGCCUGAGGCAAUUCGACCCAGAAAGUUUGAAGGUAUUGAGCGAGAGGCUGGCGGAAAAAGUUCCCUGGCAAAGCGAGCAAAAUAUCCAGGCCAUUGCCACGGCGGUUUUACAGAACAGAUCUGGCAUGGCUAAAGGAGAGAGCCGAAUGAUGAGUAAGGGUGAUACGUGGUUGCUGGCGUUGGGGGCCGACCGAAUGGGGAAAAAAAAGAUGGCUCAAGCUCUGGCCGAAAUCAUCUAUGGAUCACAAGAAAAGCUCCUUUGCCUUCCAAGCCCCUGGUCUCCUGGUAAAAUCUACCAGGAGCCUGUGAAAACAUAUUUAGACAAGCUUACUCUGGCAAUCGCUAAUGAUCCCCACUGUGUGCUGCUGCUGGAUGAUAUGGAGCAAGCAGACAUUUUUUUCAUGGCCGCAAUACUGAGAGCCAUGGAAAGUGGAAAGCUAACUAAUUCCAAUGGCAGAGAAGUUAGUCUGUGUGAUACUAUUGUAUUCAUGACUUCAAGUCUCGGGACAAACCAUUUCAUGAAUUCUAGCUCGCAAAUAGACGAAGAGAAACUAUCCAGAUCAAUUCUACGCUGCCCCCGUGGCUUCAAACUUGACGUGCAGGAGAGGGGAGAUCAAGUACAGGAUAAAUUGGGCCUGCAAACGUGUAAGCGCAAGAUACAGUGGGAUCUGGUGCAGGCCAAAGAAACAGAGAGAAGGAAGAGGAUUUCCCGUGCAUUGGACCUGAAUGUGGAGACGGGGCAUCAAGAUCAUGCAGAUGCGGCCUCUAUGACUGGCAACAGUGAUGUAACAGAAGAAACAGACGCUCUAUCAGAUCAAAUCUUUCGCUCCGCUAGGGCACACUUCUCAGAAUAUUUUUUCAAGCUCUUAGAUGAAUGCAUAGUGUUCUGUGCCUUCGAUUUUUCUCAGCUUGCAGAAUCCAUACAAGAUAAACUCCAUCAUUCGUAUUGCAGAGCUACCAUUGGCCGGGGAUUCUUUGAAGUGGAUGAACUAGUAGUGGAACGCAUGGUUCGUUUUUGCUGGGAAUUGGCUCCUUUUGGUACUGAUACUUUUGACAAAUGGGUGGAGGAAGUUUUUGAAGUGGGUUUGGUCCAAAUGCUGUCCAUGCAAACACUCACGGGAAAGACUACUGUAAAAUUAUCCGAGGGAGAAACAAACGAGGGGGAUUCUUUCUAUGGCAAUUCUCUUCUUCCUUCAAGACUUGAGAUUACUGGUUGCAGCAAUUGUCAAUUCAUGGCCGAUGAAUUCACGGUCUGUAGAAUGCAAAGGCACCAUUCCAAUACAAAGGCGCUCAUCCAAGUGCGUGCCUGAAUCAAUAUUUUACAGCGUGGAAUUCAAUGCUUAGUUAUAUAUGCAAAUAGCCCAUUUCAAGAAACACUUAUGUACAUUCAUUUCCUAUUUGGAUCAUUUACUGGAUCCAUUUCAGGUAACACAGAUUAGUGUAAGCUCAUGCUUUUUGUCAAAGGUUUGGUCAGUGUAACUCAUUUCACAUGACUGAACAUAUGCAUGCAGUACUUGUAAGUAACAUAAUAAUAGAAACUGUUAGGGGUUAUGGAUGAA